CUGCUGCUGCUGUUGGUGUUUUAUGACAUUAGAAAACAGGCAUGAAUUCGGCCGAGCAGACGGUAACGUGGCUCAUAACGCUCGGGGUCCUGGAGUCUCCCAAGAAAAGCAUCUCGGAUCCUGAGGCUUUUCUCCAGACAUCUCUGCAGGAUGGAGCGGUGCUGUGCAAGCUGCUGGAGCGACUCAGACCCGGGACGGUGGACAAAUUUUUCCAGGAACCGAGGAGCGACAGCGAGUGUCAGAGGAACAUUACCGAGUUUAUUAAAGGCUGCGGGGCUUUCGGUGUGGAGCCUUUUGAGGUCAGUGACCUCCUGCAGGGACUGAACUUCUCCAAGGUCCUAAACUCCUUGGUUGCCCUUAACAAAGCUACUGAAGAUUUAGGUGUUUCUGAAGACAGUGUGUGUGUGCCGCACUCCUCAACAUUGAGGAUCAAGUCGUUUGACUCUCUGAACACUCAGAGUCGCUCCUCUAAACUGCUGCAGCCUCAGUACCGCAGCCUGGACAUGUCAGAGGGCAGUGGGUUUGGCCACUUGCUGGUCAAGGCGCGCUUUCCCUUCCAGCAGACCAAUGAGGAUGAACUCUCUUUCUCCAAGGGCGACAUCAUCAGCGUGAGCCGGCAGGAGGACGGGGGCUGGUGGGAAGGCUCAUUGAACGGCAAAUCCGGAUGGUUCCCCAGUAACUAUGUGCGGGAGCUGAAAGGAAGCGACAAGACAUCAGACAAGCCAAAGUCUGGGACACUGAAAAGCCCCCCCAAAGGUUUCGACACCACUAUCAUCAGCAAGACAUACUACAAUGUGGUCCUACAAAACAUCCUGGAAGCAGAGACUGAAUAUUCAAGGGAGCUACAGAGUCUCCUGGGCUCGUACCUUCGCUCACUUCACCCCACAGACAGACUCAGCAGUGUUGACAUCAGUCACAUUCAGGGAAAUCUGGAAGAGAUCUCAACCUUCCAGCAGAUGUUGGUUCAGUCCUUGGAAGAGCAUACAAAACUCCCAGAGAGCCAGCAGAGGAUUGGGGGCUUCUUCCUGAGUCUGAUGCCCCAGAUGAAGAUCAUCUAUGUGGCCUACUGCUCCACCCACCCGUCUGCUGUGAACGUACUCACACAACACAGUGAGGAACUGGGGGAGUACAUGGAGUCAAAGGGGGCGUCCACUCCUGGGAUCCUGACUUUGACCACUAGUCUGAGUAAACCCUUCACCAGACUGGAGAGAUACCCAACACUGCUGAAGGAACUGGACAGACACAUGGAGGACCAACAUCCUGACAGGCCUGAUCUCCUUGCUUGCAUGGCGGCCUUUAAAAGCUUUGCAGCUCAAUGUCUGGAGGUGAGGAAGAAGAAGGACCUGGAGUUGCAGAUUUUAACAGAGCCAAUCAGGAAUUGGGAAGGGGAUGACAUCAGAACCCUUGGCCCUGUUCUCCACAUGUCCCAAGCCACAGUCCACACUCAGAACUGUCAGGAGUUUAAUGAACGCUACCUCGUCCUCUUCCCUCACACUCUGCUCAUGCUCUCUGCCAGUCUGAGGAUGAGUGGAUUCAUCUAUCAGGGGAGGAUGCCGCUGGCAGGAAUGCUCAUCUCCAGAAUAGAAGACGGAGAAAACCUGAAGAACGCUUUUGAAAUAUCUGGUGGCCAGGGUGAACGAAUGCAGGUGGCAUGUAACAGUCAGCAAGAUCUACAGGACUGGCUGGACCUCCUCACCAAACACACACACACUUCAGCCGCGAACACACACUCCAGCAAGCAUCAGUCCGUCUGUCACACAUUGCCCUCUCACCCUGCCACUCCCUCCAGACACUCAGAGUCUCGUGGAGGGAGCAUUGGACACACCUACCACACCCUUCCCCACCCCUCUUCAUAUGGGACGGCCCACAGCGGCAGCCCAAUGUGGGGGCCCCUGGAGCCACCGAGUACCCCCAAACCCUGGAGCCUGAGCUGCCUUCGUCCUGCGCCUCCACUCCGGCCCUCGGCUGCUCUCUGCCAGAAGGAGGAUAUGAGCAAGAGUCCUAAGAACAUGAAGAAGCUGCUACCGAAGAGGAAGCCAGAGAGGAAACCUUCAGAAGAGGACUUCACUGUCAGAAAAAGUACAGCAGCUCUAGAGGAGGACGCUCAGAUACUGAAAGUGAUUGAGGCCUACUGUACCAGCGCCAAGACACGACAGACUCUCAACUCCACCUGGCAAGGGACUGACCUCAUGCAUAACCAUGUGCUCGCUGACACCAGCCUCACCGUCGCCGGUUUCCCCGGCAACCUGCCUUGUUCUGACCAGUCAGAGGACUCGGAUUAUGACAGUAUCUGGACUGCCACUAGUUACAGGACUGCCUCAUUUUCUCGCUCCAGCAGGAAGGAUGUACACAUGUUGUUCCCAGAGGAGGAGAAGAUCAUAGUGGAGGAAACCAGGAGCAAUGGACAAACUGUAGUGGAGGAGAGGAGUCUGGUGGACACUGUGUACAGUCUGAAAGAUGAGGUCCAGGAACUCAAGCAGGACAACAAGAGGAUUAAGAGGACGCUGGAGGAGGAGCAGCGAGCGAGGAAAGAGCUGGAGAGGAUUGUCAGGAGAGUUCUGAAGAACAUGAACGACCCAACCUGGGAUGAGACUAACCUCUGAGAUCAAUAUGUGGAUGAGACCAACGUCUCUUCUCUUAAAUGACCAACUGACCUUUGAACUGUUGUUCAACCUGUGUGAACGGAGGCCGCCAACACCCCAUCAUGUCUUCACCGUUUUCACUCGCUUCGACCUUCUCAGUGACCUGCGUACCAAUCUGUGGACCAAGAGAAAAUGCCUGCCAGCCAUCAGCAAAGCCAUCCCAACUGACCGUAAAGCUGUGAAGCCAAAUUAGCUGGUAGGCAUGACGACAUCUGUGCUCCUUUACUUUUUUUUGCCUUCUUUGGAGCACUGUCAAACCAAUCGUUGUUGUUUUUCAUUUACCUGUGUAUUUAUCUUCCAUUCCUGCUUAUGCCUAUUUGCAUAAGCUGUCACCAUUGCAAGGACAGUAUUUUAUUGACUGGCUUGAUGCAUGAAUAAGAACGCUACAUAGGGUUGAUAUAUGUCAGCGAUAUCAGAGCUGUAUGUGAAAGUCCUCAUUGAAACUUGAAAACUUUUUCAUUAGCAGCAAAUUUUGUCAUCAAAUCAUAUUGUUAUAAAAGUCACCUUUAAAACUCUAUUUUAUGAUAAAUAUUAUUGACAGUCCAACAAACUAUAAAGUUGGUUUAUUUGUUAUAAUAAAAUAAAUACAAAGUGUAGGACUCUCAGUUACAUUUUAAACUUAAAUUUACCAGCACUUGUAAGUGACCUUGUGUUUUACAGGAUGAAAUGAAAGUCAGUUGCAGAUUAUCAUUUUGUGACAGACCACCAUAUUAUUUUCUUGAUCCACUACAUUGUUUGAUAAAUGGAUAUGUAGAUUUCUGGCCAGUGAUUAUUUAGAUUUUUGGAAUAUUUUUUUGUGUUUUACUAAGCUUUAAACCCAGAGGAAUAAACUACAAAUGAGGUGGACCAGAGACAUGGACAAAAUCUGAGAAUCUAGUUGAUUUAUUCCUUGGUACUGGUGGGACUGUUCUUCCACGUCUGCAUACAAGUAAUUGUUUGGAUGCUAAAGCUAAAGAUAAAUUGACUUUUGAGAACAAUCUUCUUUAAUGAAUUGAAGGGUAAAUGAUAGUAUGUGAGAUUAUCAAAUCAAAAACAACACACAAUGUGUAGUUACUAGGAAAUCAGUUAAAGGGACGCUGGAGGGAGAUUUUCCUCAGGAAUUAAUAUGACCAUCAGGGAGUUAAAGGUUUCAUCUUCACAUUAACUUUUAUUUAUAAUUUCAUAUUCUUGCAGAUUGACAUUCCAAGCUAUGUUUAAAGGUGUAGGAAACUUGAUUUAGAAUGAUGUAGUCAAAUGUGAUGCUCUGUAAAUGUGUAUAUGAAGCAGGGAAAGUGAGAGGCCAAUAAGCUUUUUAAUCCUUCUACAUGUCUGCCCAAAGCUACAGCUGUAACAGUAAAAUAUGUGUAGAUAACAAACACAGUAUUGCUGCUAAAUCAGUUAUUUCAGAAAAAUGGUCUGGCAGCAGUACAAGGAUUCUAACAACAGAGCUGCUGUGCAAUUUGUUUUGAAAUUCACACUGCCCACAAACACCCUUUUUCUUUGUCAUUUAGAAAUAGGUUCUUGGAAGUUUCAUGGUGAAACAGCAGCUGAAUGUACGUGUUUCACCGCUAACAGUCCUUGAGUUGUUCAACACUUAAGAAAAAUCAGGAAAGUUGAGUUUAUAUAUGUUUAACUCUUUUUAAACUUGUGGACCUACUGUCACUACUUUUGCUUCAGCUUGACAUAGAUAAACGAUUGCCAGAAGGACAAACAAUUAUUUAUUUAAAAAUAUUUGUAGGCUUUUAUUGUUAGUUACAGCUGAAUUGCUUGGAAUUGAACCCAUGGCUGCUGCAGCAUGGACUCAGCCUUGGUACAUGGUUGCUAGCUUCACCAGGUGAGCUACCAGGGCUCACCUACAAUAACUGUAUGAGGUGAGAUACAAUCAAAAACAUUAAAGGAGCUAUAAGCAAUAUUUGUUUUGUUAAAAUAAACUCUACAUUCUGAUAGCCAUCACUGAUGUAGAGAGUUCAGUCAGUAACAUGGGUCACCCAGUCCCUCCUUUCUGCAGUAAACAGAGAAUACAUUUUCUAGUGUCCUGUUCCCUCUUUAUCCAAUCAGGAGAUAACUGCUUACUGCACCUUUAAAUUCAUCAUGUCCUGUUGCCAUGCAUAGGAUGAUAUAUGCAUAAUGCAGUAUAAAAGUAAUAAAAACUCCUAAUGUAAAAGCCCAGAAUGAAGGGAAAUCUUAAAUGCAGCCCACUUAAUAAAUCAGCAAUGACUUAAACAUUAUCAUAAUAAUAAUGACACUAAAUAGCCUUUUGAGUUUAUAUUAAAAUUUUAAUACAAUAUGCACACCCGUCUGUUAGAAGCUGCGAGGUUUGCAGAGGAAAUGAGAGGCCAGAGUCCAGUUUUAAACUGACUGACAGAUAUAAUCACUGAUCUUUAUUUAACUUCCGUCUUUUAGGAGCCAAACAAAAUAUACUGAGUCAGCUCGCUGCUCUUACUGCUUCAAGACCAAAGUCCAAGCAAUACAACAGUGGAAAAUGUUGAUGGGUUUUAUUAUGAUUUUUAUGAUGUCUAUAUGCAACUUAUUGUAGAAUGAUUUCUUAUUUUUAUAUUUGUGAUUGUGUUUUUACUCUAAACAACUGGUUUUGAUUUGUAACACUUAUUUUUUACUUGACCUGUUUGAUCACACUGAAGCUGAUUUGUACAGAAAAGCAGCAUAUUUCUCAUGAGCGUCAGAAGACGUGCCUUGGGGAGAAGUAUAUUUCCUUUAUGCUAAAGUUAUUAAGCAUAAAAACUUCACCCACAAGUGAAAUAUUACUGAAAUGAAACCACACUAAUGUAAGCCAUGUUAUACAGUAUUUCAUUAUUGACUCUAACUUAUGUAUUUAACUGAAAGUGACUGAUGUAAAUGUAAUGUGUGUUCCAAUGUUAAGGUGAUGAAGGUGAUUACAGUAGUAACUAUGACAAGAAUCAUCCCCCCUCUAUUUAUUUCACCCGUCUGUCUGUGAAUAAAAUGUUAA